AUGCAGGUUGUCAGGGGCACCGCCUAUUACAGCUCCCAUCCAGCCUGGGAGUCGGUACCAGGGUCGCAACAACCUCAGAUCUACCACUCAGAGUAUGAUACUAGCUUCCCAAGUCCCCUCUCUGAGCCUCAAUUUCCUCAUGUGCAAAGGUGGGCAGUGACCUAUAUUGUGCUCCCAGUUGUGCCAUGUGGUGCUCUCACUAAGCUGGACUAUCCAAUGACUCAGGAUGUCACCCCAGUUUGGUUGAAUUUGACUAAUAUCCAAAAGUCUUCCCUGUAUUUCACAUCCCCAUUGAAAAGUGAGGAAAAUGCACCAGAUCCUGGGGUUGGAACUGCCCCUCCCCACACCCCACUUUGCAUAUAUCUUUACCUGCAUCAUUGGUUGAAGGUGUCUAUCAACUACCUAAUUAGUCCUUCACGCCCUGGGAUGUUUCCUAGGAAACUGAGAAACCCACCUUGGACACUAUUGAGACUGCCAGGAGCUUGCACAGUGGGUCUCAGGGAUAAGUUUUGUCUCUGUCUGCCCAACAUCCCUAUUCCCCCACAAACGUCCACCCCAGGAGACUUGGCCAGGGCUAUGGUGGGGGAACUAGACCCCUGA